GAAAAAACACUGUCAGAAAACAUGGUGUCAGAGAAAGUGACAAAAAGUAUCCGCAGGUUUGUGCGUGGUCAGCUCCGGGAUGAGCCAGACCUCAGCACACUGACCUUAGGAAUCCUAAAAAAGCGAUAUCUGGCACUUGUGCAAUGUGAAUCACUAAGUCCAGAGGUGAAAAAUAUCAUGAAACAGGUGGUUGCAGAGGAACUGAUGAAAAUGCAGGACAAAGAUGAAAGUGGAAGUGAUUUGGAGACCACAAAGCCCCCAAACAAAAGGAAGAGAGAAGAGGAAAAUGACGAGGGGAUGAGUGGGAGAGAAGAUGAAUCCGAGGCAAAGAAAUCCCGUCGCCAGUUAAGCUCAUCAUCAGAAUCAGAGGACAAAGAGAACCGCAAAACAGGAAGUGAAGAGAGUGAGGAGGAAGAGCAAAUGAAAUCUGAAUCUGAGGAUGAAAAGCAACAGGUGAAAAAAUCACAGAAAAAAACAAAUGGAAACAGUAAACAGCAGAUACAGAACAGUGAAGACUCAGAUGAGGAAGUGAAUGAGUCAGAAAAAAAGGGAAGUGAAAGUGAAUCUGAUGACAGUCCAGAAGAAAAGGUGAUUAGGAAAGAAAAAGAUACAAAGAAUCGAGAGGCAAGAAGCAGUGAUACAAGUCAAAGAAAGAAAACACCACAGAGUGAUGGAGAGAAGGAAACCGACACAGAUAGCAAGUCAGAAAAAAGCGACAAAAUCAACAGCAGCGACUCCUCAGAUGAGAGUGAAAAAGAAGAAAAAGUCUUAGUUGAAAAGAAAACUAACGAACCAGAUUCAGAUUCAUCGUCGCUCCCCUCAUUGGACGAUGAACAGGACAGUAAAAAAGAAAAAACACAAGAUGAUAAAAAGAAGAAACCCGCAAAAAAAGAGAAGAGCUCCAGUCAUAAAAAGGAAGACAACAAAGCAGUUGUGAGGCUGAAGCGCUACAUUUCUCUCUGUGGUCUGAGGCCGAAUUACAAGAAGCUCCUGGACGGCUGUCCCUCGACUCGGUCUCAGGUGGCUGUUCUGAAGAAGGAGCUUGAAGACCUUGGUGUCCAGGGUCAGCCAUCUAUUAAGAAAUGUAAAAAGGUCAGAAUGAUGAGAGAGCAAGCUCAGGAACUAGCUGAGCUUGACGUCAGCAACAUCAUUGCCACAAAAGGUCGGCCGAAACGCAGAGCAGCCUCAGCGUGGGAUAAACAACCCGACCCUCCGUCCUCCACGUACCUGCGUACUCUGAACUCCGGCUCUGAUAGUGACGAGGAGAACAAUACAAACAGGGGGCGCAAAAGAACAACAGACUGGUCCAACCUGCAGGGGAUCAUCAGUGAUGAUGCUGACAGCAACUGACAGGGACACUUCCACUUGUUCAGAGGCUACUUAUAUAUGGACAUUCAUUUUUCUUUGUACAAGUUCUGUUUUUGUCUUUGCAAAUUGUUUUGAUAUUAAAUAUUUUUUAAACCUUUUGCAAAAAAAAAAGAAAAUUGAUAUUUGAGGUAAAAUGUACAUCUUUGUUAUAUUUCAAAUAAAAUUAUUGUGCGCUUAUGGAACAAUUAUUUUAUUUUAAUCAGUGAUUAAAACAUUGCUGAUUUAACUAUUGGUUUCUCUAACUGAAUGAAAUGCUGCAGAGGCUCUAUGGUCCCAUGAAGUAAUAUUUUUAUUUUGUGCAUGAUCUUGUACUGGUUCGUGUAUAUAAAACAUGAAAAAACUUACAGGGUUGAGACAGCGUAGUAAUGAACCAAUGUCUAUAAAAGCGUCCGAGAGCAAAUAGCCACAAUUUCAUUUUACUCAGAAAGUCUGAGUUGAGCUACAACACACCAAAAUUUGUGACCCAAAUAGGUAUUGCCAUUGUAUAAGUGUUUUAUUAUUCCUUGUCACAUAACUUUAUUACGAUAAAAAUCUUCCGGCAUCACAGAAUUGAAUGUGUCACCAUUUUCUGUGACUUGAUAAAAGACUUUCUGCUACACUGCAUCUGCAAAUGUUUUUAUCUUAAUUGCAU